AGCAUAAAUAUUGUUGAUUCUGACAACUGGCCAGCAGUACAGAGAUUACCACAGUACCACUGUGAUUAGAUUUAUCUUAAACUGGAUCUCGUAGGCUAUUCACAUAAAUUUUCUGGAUUUAAGUUGUCGACGCGAUGAUAACACAAAGACUUAGUGCUGACGCUCAAUAAUACCUGAAAAUAGAUAUCUCGAGUUGGUUUCAUAUUGUUAUUUUGACAACUGAACUAUAAGAAUGAGACGAUCAAACCGACAACGGAACGUGCUGCCACCUAUAGGGGAUUUCAGCAACCUGCAGAAUACAAAAGACGAUUAUGAAGAUGAUGAUGAAGAAGGAAACGACAACAAUGAAAUUCACAUGGAUAUACGCCAGGCGCGAAGUGCGCCAACUAGCCCACGUAUUCCGAGGCAUCGUGAACUGAUAUCACUCGACAGUCGAAAACUAAGGCCAACGUCGCCAAACCUGCCUCAAAAAACACAAACAAAGAAAGAAUCAAAAUUAGAAUUAAGGAAACGGCUAUACCAAGCGAAAUCAGACACCAAUAUUAGAGGAGUUGAUGAUGAAAAUAACUUUGGAGAUAGGUGUAUAGAAAUUGGUACGCCUGCUCCUGGAUUUCAUACUAGUCUUGAUGUAAAUGUCGACGGUGUAGGAGGUUUGGACAAUGAUGACGGGGAUAUGUCAUUCCCGGCGAUAAAGGUCGAUUCAUGUGCCGAUAGGAAAGCAUCAAUCAUCGCUGAAAGCUUUGGUGAUACGCAUUCACUGUCACCGCGGCGUAUAAGCAGUAAUGUAAAUAUUAGAAAAGUCUCUAGCUUCAGUAAUCUAGCAAAGCAGAAACAACCUUUAUUCAAGUCAAGACAAAACAAUACAAUGGAACCUGAUUUUGUUUCAGUCUCCCAAAUACCAGUCAAUUUGUCACGAUCGGAAAAUGACAUAUAUGGAAAUGCAUCGCAUGAUGAUGACGUAUCAUUCAGUGCUUUAGCAGCCUAUUGUGAAUCGCAUUCGGAUUACUCUUCCGAUGAAACACUAAUUAUUCCCGGGAAUAUUCAUCAUAGCGUAAAUGAAUGCUCAUCUAAAAAAUCUCCCAGGAUGAAUCGCAAACAGUACAGAGAUGUAUCCCACCAACUUCCUCCAGUGAACCCAAGAGAAGUCGGCUCGAAAAUUAAAACGGAUGGUUCGGUUUGCAAGUCGUUUAACGUUACAGACCGGAGUAGCAGUAUGUCAAAUGUGUCAAGUGAUUCAGCAACGUCGUGUACCAGUCCAGAUGGAGGCAUGUCACCAGGAACCAGACGACGAGUCAGGGAAACUCAUAUUGAAAGUUCAGUUCAUUCCCUCCAUACGCCUAAACCACCACGUUCUCCAUCACCAAGACGACGACUUGACAACAAAUGGGUCGUUCAGGAUGACGUAAGCUUAAAUAGAUCGCGCAGUGUUUCUCCGAACGUCUGCAAAAAACCAAUCCGACUUUUGCCUAUCGAAUAUGAGGAAACAAAAUGAUAGAAGAUGUACGACUACAGCUCGGAAUAUUUACAUUGUUACAUACAUUGUGUGUGCGAUUUGCUUUUUCAUUAUAGCAUGAUUAAAAUCUAUUGUUAACUGGCCAUGGUAUAAAGUACAAUUAAGUGCUAUAAUUAUACGAUACAGUAUUUGUUGAAUAAAACAUGCAGCUAUUGAAACAAUACAGUACAACUAACUGAUGUGUCCAUCCAUAACUUUAAGGCUGCAGUACAGUUAAACUGUGUCUAACCAAACCCGUCUGGCCCAGUUAUCUACUCCUGAC